AUGGUGGGAACCAGAAGGGCAGAAAAAGACUGUCGGUUUGAUACUAAGACAGUGGUUAAGAACAUAUACAUUCUCUUCACUGGUAGUGAGUUGCAAGUAGCUAAGGAAGAGCAGGAGAUAACGGACUUGGUUGAUCCUUCUACACCACUACCCUCUUGGCUUGCUGAAGAAGAUCUUAUGAACUAUGCAAACCUAUAUGAGAGAUCUGGUUUUCAUACUGCAUUGCAGAAUAAAUGUUCCUUCCCUGCUGGUAAUGGGAGAAAGGAUUAUGCCUUAAAGCUUGCAAAGAUAGAAGACUGCAUCACAUGUGGAAAGGUGAAAGACUCUGUUCCUGAUCUGGAAAUAAUUUUCUUGCCAGAAGGGAACCACUUUGUUCAGGAGCAGUUUUCUGAGAAGGCGAACAAGCUUCUGGUCACCUUCCUGAAUAAGCAUGAAUGA